AUGGUCAACGGUCCCCAACGAGUCGCUGCAAAGCCCUUGGCAGUCAUUAAAGAUACAUCGUCGAGCGCCGGAAAAGUUUUUGCAAAGCCUUCCAAGGAAUGGGUUAUCCCGGAGCGCACGAAGCCAGGUAGGAAGAUCAGUGAGGAUGAGCCGGAUAAUAAACGACAAUCCCAGAAUCGACUGUCACAGCGAGCUCAUCGAGCUCGAAAAACAGACUACAUCUCGACGUUGGAAGAAAAAUUGAGGCAAUACGAGGCUGAUGAGAUCCACUCAAAUGUCCGACUACAGGAGGUGGCGAGGGCCCUCAAAGCCGAUAAUGAGAGGCUCAAAGUGGAGAAUGGGGAGAUGAGGGCGGAGGUGGAAGAGUUGAAACGACUCAACAAGGAGCUCAAAGCUCAGGCUGCCGAAAAGAGAGGAGAAAUGAAGUUGUGGAAGACAGAUUCGGCGUUGACUCCUCCUUUGGCGAGGUCUCCGGCUGCGGCGUCUAGUUCGGCGACUCGAUUGGGUCGGACGUCUCGCACGAACAGCCAAGCAUCGCCUGGUGACGUGCCUGCUCGCCGAGAGACGAUAGCAUGUCCUAUUUGUCCGGACCCGGAUCCCGAUUGUCCCUGCCAGAAACCCUCAGCGAUUGGCAGUACGUCGUCGGCUCCCCUUGCAGCGUUAUCCAUGGCGGCGAAGGUCGUGGAAGGACAUGAACAAGCUCAAUACCCACACGAGACCAGAAUUGACAAUCCCGGCCACUGUGGAGUCUGUCGCACAGAUGCCGAGUGUCUGUGCCGGGUCCUGGAUGAUAAUCGACAAGAUAACGAGGUCCAGAUAGUCGAGAACAGUAUCGAAGGGGUGGAAAGGCACAACGAUGCCUGUGGCCUCUGUACUUCAGCUUCAUUCUGCGCCUGCAAAGUCGAAACGAGUCCGCAAACUUUACCCAAUGAAACCUUGUCUCAUCAUCGACCCGCUCAACAUUCAUCAGUCGUUAUUCGCACUUCUACACAAGCCGUCAGCCUCCCUCUCAAGAAGAACAAAGCUGGACACGGUAUCAAAGCCAAAAUCUGGGACUUUGUUCCAAGUCCCAUGGCAUCUGGUCUUAGCACUUCCGAUGAUGGAUUCGCUUCUCGAGCCACCGCCGAAUGUAGUGGCGAUCCCUCCAACUGUGAAGUAUGCAAAGAUGACUCUUUCGGCCAAGAAUUCUGCGCCCAACUUUAUGCAGAUCCUACGAUCACAAAGCCAUGUGAUGAUUGCCCGGGAAAUUGCAUGAGCAUCUCUGCACUCUUGUGCAGCGAUGGUGGCGAAGGCUCCAGCGAAUCCAGUAUGACGGCUGAUCAGGCAUGGAAAACAUUAAAGGCGCAUCCGAAUUCUCGAUUCGCCCCGCUCGCUCUGCUGGCAGAUGUCGUAGCGAAGCAUACGACUUGUGUGGGACACGAAGCCGGCCCUUCUUUUAGCGGACAAUCGAUUUCAAGCACUGCUCCUUCGCAAAUGGCUAGUCGCGAUUUUGGGUCCAGUCCCACAUUUGGUCUAUCUCGUGGUUCUAGAAGGAGACUCAAGGUCGAGACGAGCGGCGUGAGAGAUGCUUUGAGGAUGCUUGACGAGGUCAUGCCGUCGAAUCAAGGGGACGAGCCGGAAGGGUUCAAUGUAAAGCGGCGGAAAUUGAGUAAUGGCUCGUGA